AUGGCUGCAUCUAUACUGUCUGUCUGCUCCAGUGACCUGAGCUGUGGCAGCUGCGUCUGCCUGCCUGGUUCCUGUGAGUCUUGUACAGGCUCCUCCUGGGAGGUGGACGACUGCCCCGAGAGCUGCUGUGAGCCCCCCUGCUGCGCCCCCAGCUGCUGUCAGCCCACCUACUGUGUCCCCAGCUGCUGUGCCCCAGCCGCCUGCCUGACCCUUGUGUGCACCCCUAUGAACCCCUGCUGCCAGGCAGCCUGUGGGUCCAGCCCCUGCCAAUCAGUCUGCACCAGCUCCUGUGAACCCUCCUGCUGCCAACAGUCUAGCUGCCAGCCUGUGUGCUGCACACCCUCCCCCUGCCAGCAGGCCUGCUGGGUGCCCGUCUGCUGUGAACCCGUCUGCUGCAAGCCUGUCUGCUGUAAGCCUGUCUGCUGCAAGCCUGUCUGCUGUGAGACCUCCCCCUGCCCGGCCCCUGCAUGCUGCCCGCCCUCUCCCUGUUCCCCCUCCUGCAGCAGACCCUCCUCCUGUGUGUCCCUCAUCUGCCGUCCAGUGUGCAAGCCUGCUUGCCGUGUGCCCACCUCCUCCUGCUGUGUGCCCACCUCCUCCGCGUCCCUGCUCUGCCACCCUGUGUGCAAGCCUGCCUGCUGUGUGCCUGACUCCUCCUGCUGCCAGCCCAGCUGCUGCCGCCCGGCUUCCUGUAUAUCCCUGGUCUGCCGCCCUGUGUGUCCCCACCCAGCCUGCUGA